AUCUAUGCCAGUCUUGCCAGUAGACCACUUUUCCCUCAGCAGUAUGGCAGACUCUCUGUGUAGGCUGUGCCAUGUACCUCCAGAGACUACUUCACAAACGGUUGAGGAGCGUGGCAAAUGGGCUAGCAAAAAGGAGUUCAUCCUGUCUGUGGCUGGUGCUAUUAUUGGACUUGGAAAUGUGUGGAGAUUUCCAUAUCUUUGUUACAAGAAUGGUGGCGGUGCAUUCUUCGUUCCUUACAUCCUGUUCCUUAUGACCUGUGGCAUCCCCCUGUUCAUCCUGGAGACAGCACUGGGCCAGUACACCAGUCAGGGGGGAAUCAUGUGCUGGAGGAAGGUCUGCCCCUUGUUUGAAGGCAUGGGAUAUGCCAGCCAAAUGAUCCUUUUCUAUGGAAGCAUCAGCUACAUUGUGAUCUUAGCCUGGGCGUUUCUCUACCUUUUCUCUUCUUUCUCGGAAGAGUUGCCAUGGGCCAGCUGUAAUAAUACAUGGAAUACAGAUGCCUGUGUGGUAUUAAACAACUAUAAUGCCACUGCUAACUGGACCUCACCUGUGAAUGCAUCAUCAUCUGUUGUAGAGUUUUGGCAACGACGGGUGUUAAAUAUAUCCACCGGGAUAGAGGCCUUGGGAAACAUACAGUGGGACCUUUCUUUGUGCCUUCUUCUGGCCUGGAUCAUCUGCUACUUCUGUGUCUGGAAGGGAGUGAGAUCCACAGGAAAGGCUACCUACAUCACAGCCACAUUUCCCUUCAUCAUGUUAGCAGUGCUGUUUCUCAGAGGAAUGACCCUUCCUGGAGCCUUCAAGGGUAUCAAGUACUACUUGUACCCCAAUCCUUCACGGCUGGCUGACCCACAGGUUUGGAUGGAUGCUGGAACACAAAUAUUUUAUUCCUAUGCCAUAUGUUUGGGAUGCCUCACUACGCUUGGGAGCUACAAUAAGUACAACAACAACUGUUACAGAGAUUCCUUCUAUCUCUGUUUGUUGAACAGUGGGACCAGCUUUAUAUCUGGCUUUGCCAUCUUCUCAGUUCUGGGCUACAUGUCACAAAAACAGGGUGUCGAUAUUUCUGCAGUUGCUGAGUCAGGCCCUGGCCUUGUCUUCAUAGUGUACCCACAAGCUGUGACUCUUCUGCCGUGGCCUCAAGUCUGGUCCACAUGCUUCUUCACCAUGAUCAUCUUGUUAGGAAUAGAUGGUCAGUUUGCUGGGCUCGAAAGCAUCAUGACCUCUCUGACGGAUCUCUACCCUUCCCUGAUCCGAAAAGGAUACCGCAGAGAGCUGCUUCUGAUGCUCAUCUGUAUGUUUUGCUAUGGGUUCGGCCUUUUAUUGGUUACAGAGGCUGGCGCAUACAUUCUGCAGAUAUUUGAUCACUAUGUAUGCAGUGGUCCCACUCUUCUUCUGAUGGCAAUCUGCCAGUCAAUGAUCAUUGGAUGGAUUUAUGGUGCUGAUCGCUUCUGUGACAACAUUGAGGACAUGAUUGGGUACAAGCCUAUAUCCCUGAUCAAGUACUGCUGGCUGUAUGCCACCCCUCUUAUUUGCAGUGGCACACUUGUAUUUUUGCUCCUGAGAUACACCCCCCUGAGGUUCAACAACUCCUAUGUGUAUCCUUGGUGGUCUUACUGGAUUGGCUGGUUUCUGGCCAUGUCAUCUCUUACUAUGAUCCCAGUCACCAUGAUCUGCAAACUGGCCAAAGGAAAAGGGACUCUCUGGCAGCGCCUCAAGUCAAGCUCCCAGCCUGCAGAUGACCUUCCAGUGAUGGAAAAGGAAAUGGCAGGCAUCGGUGCUACACUGUGUGUCCAUGACGGUAGAAAAAACAGCAAUAUUCAAUGAAAUGUCAAUCCCAUAAUUUUUCUUUUUUUAUUUUAAAAAUAUGUAGGGCAAGUUUUUUACUAUGUAUAUGGUGGUUAGUAUUCAUAUACCAAUUUUUGUUAUAAGGAGAUGUGACCUAUCUGAAUACAGUUCAUUUGAUAAAGACAUUUGAUAUAUCAAAUGUCUAGUAUAAAGUUGGGGUUUUUUUUUGUGUUUUUUUAUAAUCAUUGAAUUAUAUUUGAAAUUGUUACAGAUACUUAUUAUACGAAAUACUACAAGUUGCAACCUUUUUUCUACAACCCACAUCUCAAAUACCUCAAAACUUAAAGGACUACAAUAUUUUUGUAUGUUUUAGCCCAUUGUCUAGAAGAUAAUUACACUUUUACAUGAUUACCAACAAUGGGAAGGAUAUUAGCGUAUGUUUUACAAUUGUUAAGAUAGCCUGUUGUGCAUUUAGCCACUGUUCAUGUAGUGUUCUUAAAAUUAACUUGCAGAGACUUGAAAUUUCAUCAAGAUAUACAGUACAAUCCAUCACAGUGAUGUGACAGAGUGACUAUGAUGGAUUAAGACAGUAAAACAAGCAAGGUCCAAGUGUAGUCUGGGAAUUUAAAUGUAGUUCUCGCUGCUCCCUGCUUCCCAGGGCAACUAAUAGAGCUGCUAGGAAGUUUUUUAAACUGAGAGUAUACUUACUGUAUGUCGUUGUUAAACUGCUUGAAAAUUUGGUUUGAAUAUUAAAUAUUUUUCUAUAACAAAAAUCUGAGUGACUAAAUAAGCAACAGUCAAAUUUAAAAUCCUUUCUUAUUAUUUAUUCAAGUGUUUAAAUAAGAUAAUCUGCUUCAUCAGUACUGUGUAGGAGUAGUUUGAUCAGAUGUACUUGAUAGUGUCAUCACCAUGGUGAUAUAAAAAGACAACACCGCUUCUGUCAUCAGAUUCUGAUUCCGAUUUUUACAUCAUUAAAUUCUGAUUGUUGCACGGAAGCAUAUGACAUCACAUUGUUCCAACAGAGCCCCGCCCACUUCAGGGUCGUGAGAAGAGCUCAGACAAAGAUAAAAAUUCCUCAUGUGAAAUAGCCAAAAUUGGUCUGAUUUUGGCAGAAAAUUGUGUAUAUGUGUAGUUACUUAUAG